GCUAAUAACAAACCGGUUAAACAGCCCCGAGAGGCGGCAGAGAGAGGCCGGGAGAGGCCGGGCUGAGCCCCGGGACACACCCGGUGCCGACCCGGUGUGUCCUUGUAAAAGUCGUUAUCAUGUUUUACUGUUUUGACGUUAGGUUUAGUAAACAUCGCUUCUCGGUGAAGCCACACUGCUAACUUCAAUGAUGACUCGUUCACGGUCUACGGAAAACAAGCUCCGAUAAACAAACUUAAUAUUUACUUAUUAUCGAUUAAAGUGACUCAGAAUAAAGGAAUUGCUGAUUGUAUUUGUUCCAUCGCAGUAAACCAGAUAUAUGGGUGUUAAGAACAGAUUGACUCUGAUUCAAAUCAAAUCUAACCUGAACUGCACAGUAGAAAUACUUUACUAUGAGUAGAGAAUCCCCAUCAACUAAGUUAGCUCAUGUUUGAAAGGAACGAGACUGACGUAUAGUACAGGUGACGAUAAAGAGACGUUGUAUAGUUUUUAGUAGCUCUGUGAUGGUGCUGUCUCUGCAGCUUGAACACAAUAAUUCAGUAACAUGUGUGUAGUGUGAUCAGGUACACUGAGGUGUCAGUCAGUGUCUCUCUGUGAGAGAUGCAUGGUGUUGUUGCUGUAACUAAACAAGACAGUUGGUGAAUUCAUGUUAAAUACAUUAAUGUUAAUGACUAAUCUCACGAUCUGUACGUGAAUGAAUCGAGCACCUGCUCUUAUUGAAACUUUUCUAUAAAGCUGUUUUGUUUUGGUUGUCGUUAUUCCGACACUUCCCAGAGGCCGUGGAGGCAUCACGGUGAGACCAUGUGCUCGGGUUCUUGGCCUGUGAUUGGCUGCGGAUCAGCUGCUCUCUGCGGGUCUCAGCUGGAGGAUCAGCGGGGACUCGCUCCGGCCUCAAUCCGCUCUCAGCGCCCCGUCUGCCGCAGGACCUCGGCCUCCGUCCCGCUCGGUUCUCUGUCGUUAACCCUCGGUUCUCUCUCCAGUGAUGAGGAAGCGGACCCACUCGCUGACUGCGGAGAAGGACCGCAGACCCACCGGCUCUGUGCUGGACAGCGACCCGGACCUGAAGCAGCGUCCCGGCAGCAGGGCAGCGGGGCCCGGGGACCGGCAGGGCCCGGAGGACGAGCAGGGGAUCAUGGGUAAACCGUUCAGGAGGCUGAGUCUCCUGGGGAAGAUGCAGAGAAUCAUGUUGUGGCUUCUUCUCGUCUACAUCUCCAUCCCCUUCAUCAUCAAACUGUGUCCGUCCAUCCAGGCCAAACUCGUCUUCCUCAACUUCGUGAGAAUACCGUUGUUCAUCGACCUGAAGCGACCUCUGGACCAGGGUCUGAACCACACACACAACUUCUACCUGGAGCCUGAGGCUGGACUCAGGAUCGGAGUCUGGCACACGGUUCCCGCCCACAUGUGGAGAGACGCUCAGGGGAAAGACGCCGAUUGGUACGACUCCAUGUUUAGCUCCGCCCACCCUGUCAUUCUCUAUCUCCAUGGCAACUCAGGAACAAGAGGAGGAGACCACAGAGUCCAGCUGUACAAGGUCCUCAGUUCAUUGGGCUACCAUGUAGUCACGUUUGAUUACAGAGGCUGGGGCGACUCAGACGGGUCUCCAUCAGAGGACUGGAUGACGUCAGACGCUCUUUUCAUCUACGACCGACUGAAACAACGACUCGAUAAAACAUCGCUGUAUAUCUGGGGACACUCUCUGGGGACAGGAGUUGCCACCAACCUAGUCAGACGACUGUGUGACAGAGGAAAUCCUCCCGACGCUCUGAUCUUAGAAUCUCCGUUCACCAACAUCAGAGAGGAGGCCAAGAGCCACCCGUUCUCCAUGGUGUACAGAUACCUGCCUGGAUUUGAUUGGUUCUUCCUGGACACCAUCACAGUGAAUAACAUCCGCUUCGCCAGCGAUGAAAAUGUGAAUCACGUUUCCUGUCCAGUGUUGAUCCUCCACGCUGAGGACGACUCGGUGGUUCCCUUCCAUCUCGGAAAAAAGCUGUACAACAUGGCGGUUCAAUCUAAAAGUCUCAGAGGACACAAAGUUCACUUUGUUCCGUUUCCGUCGUCUCUGAAAUAUAAACACAAGUUUAUCUACAGGAGCCCAGAGCUGCCACACAUCCUGAGUGAUUUCCUGGGACCAGCUGGUUCGUGGCCCAGUGAGAAGACGCCGGACGAGUCAGCCUGAAGCUCCUCUUCUCUCUUCUCUUCUUCUUCUCUUCUCUUCUUCUUCUCUUCUCUUCUUCUUCUCUUUCCUCUUCUUCUCUUCUUCUCUUCUUCUCUACUCUCCUUAUCUUCUUCUCUCCUUCUCUUCUUCUUCUUCUCUUUCCUCGUCUUCUCUUCUCUCCUUCUCUUCUUCUCUUCUUCUCUCUCUUCUAUUCUCUCUUCUCUUCUUCUUCUCUCUUCUCUUCUCUCUUCUUCUCUUUCCUCUUCUUCUCUACUCUCCUUCUCUUCUUCUCUCUCUUCUAUUCUCUCUUCUUCUUCUCUCUCUUCUAUUCUCUCUUCUCUUCUUCUUCUCUCUUCUUCUCUCUCCUCUUCUUCUCUUCUUCUAUUCUCUCUUCUCUUCUUCUUCUCUUUCCUCUUCUUCUCUUCUUCUAUUCUCUCUUCUCUUCUCUCUCUUCUAUUCUCUCUUCUUCUUCUCUUCCUCUUCUCUCUCUCUUCUCUUCUUCUCUCACAUCAGUGGUUGUGAACUGAACAAACACACGAUUCCUCUUCUGUGGUCAUUCCUCACGCACCAACAUGGAGUCACGUUGAUUUCACGUCAGCGAGGAAACAUCUGCUUUUAUCUUUUUGAGAUUUCAUCAUCGUAGCCUGAAACAAGACGGAGCUCGAUUCUUUACAAUCUGUGAUUUUAGUUUCCUCUCAUCUUAUUUCUGGUUUAACUUUUCAACAUCUGACCACGUCUUGUUUUUAAAACUCUCUUCUCAGCCUGUUAUGACUUGAAUUAUCGAUUAAAUAUUCCUUGUUGAUGUC